GUUACCCCGCCCCCGCUGCCGCAUUUUGCUCCUGUUCGCUCCACACACCGUUGCAUUGAUUGUCCCUCCAUUUGCUGAUGAUCUCCAGCACUGCAGCGUCUCUGCGUCUCUGCUUCAGCUUCAGCUUCUGCUUCUGCUUCUGCUCCUGCUCCUAACAUCAGCAUCAGCAUCUACAUCUACACAAUCCAAUCCGUGGUAGACAGACGCAGAGAGACAAACCCCCGGCAUCAUAUCAUGGCGCCGCAGCUGCUGCAUCUGCCGGACGGCCAGACCUUCACCGUCACGCCCGUCUUCGCCGGCCUGGGCUUCAAGAGCCACGAGAUGAACAUGCACCCCAACGCCUUCCCCAUCGGCUGGAACGUCGUGCUGCACACCGAGGAGGAGGUCGAGUCGCCCUUUGAGCCCUACGAGCGCCGCCGCCGCAGCGACGCCGACGAGGCCGCCGCGCUCGCCACCGAGGGCGACGUCGACGACGACAACGACGACUUCAGCAACAAGAGCCGGUCGUCGCGGCCGUCGUCGUCGCGCACAAAGACGCGCGUGCACCCCUUUGUGCGGCCGACGCUGCACAACGACACGCUCUUCAUCUCGUCCAUCUCGAACCCGUCCAACUCCGACUUCAAGCCCGCCGCCAGCCCCACGCGCCAGAUCGCCAUGAUGAUGUGGGUGACGCUGUACUGGUACUUCCACCAGCCCAAGCCCAGCGCCCAGCUCGACGUGCCCGCCGCCAGAGACACGCCCGCCGACGCAAAGCCCCGCGGCGAGUGGCGCAUCAACAUCAAGCGCGACGGCGUGCUGCGCGGCCGCAACCUGAUCCCCAAGCUGGAGCGCAUGGGCCUGAUUGCCGCCGCCGACUCGGCCUGCGGCACCAGCCUCGACGACUGCGGCGACGAGUGGGCGCGCAUGUUUGUCACCCAGCGCAUGUUCUGGCAGAUCCCCGGCCACCUGUUCCUCUUCACGCUGCAGCCGAACCAUCGGUCCUUCUCGUCCGUGCCUGGGUCGCCGGUGGCUAGUCGUCCCAGCUCGCCCAUUCACAGCGAGUCGUCCAUGAGCCACUACCUGUCCAUGGACAGCCUCGCGCGCCUGGACAACGACCUGCCUGGCGGGCCCAUGCCCACGAGCAUCCCGCCGGCGCACACCAUCACCGUCCCCAUGGGGCCCUUUUACUCGUCCUCGCAUCUCCCGACGUACUUCCCCCCUCCUCCGCUGCAGUACACCUUUACAGAUGGCGUUCGACACCCGGUACGGCCGAAACCCCAUAGGAUGGGGGAGAUUUUCUACUCGCGCUUUGUGCCUAGUGUUGGUCGGUACUUGUCUCUGCGGGUUGCCUCGACGUCGACGAAGCCAGUCCCCUACUUGGGCCCCAUUGGAUCUAAGCCCCAGGAACACGUACACUUGACGUCUUUGACAGACAUGCAGCUCCUGCAAACAUGGAUGUCAAAACCCCGAGUCAGCGAGUUCUGGGGCGAAUACAAACCGGGCUUCCUAGAGGGCGUCCUACAGAAGCGACACUCGUUCCCCGUCAUCGCUUCAUGGGACGGCAUCCCCUUUGGCUAUUUUGAGAUUUACUGGGUGAAGGAGGACAUUCUUGGUCGACACCUGGCCACGGGCGCGGGCGACUUUGAUCGCGGCAUACACGUCUUCAUUGGCGAGGAGUGGGCGAGGGGGAAAGUGCCUUUUUGGCUGACGAGUCUUGUGCACUGGUGCUUUAUUGCGGAUAAUCGGACGAUGAGCGUGUCGCUGGAGCCGCGGGUUGAUAAUGCUAGAAUGAUGCGACACCUCGACGAAGCAGGCUUUGGAAAAGAGAGGCAGAUUUCCUUUCCGCAUAAACAGUCGUGGCAUGUAAGGCUGUGGCGGGACGCUUGGGAAGGGCCAGCGUUGUAAAGGAUUUUUAAAAAGAGGGAGUGAAGAAAUUGAAUUUGAAAUGGGCAAAUAGGCAUACCUUGGUAGUCGAUGGUAGCUUGGCAUGUUUUUUUUUUUCUUUUUAUUUAAUCAAAUAGCAUAAGGGAGGGCGGAAAAUACCCCUAUGAGCGAGCUAAGCAUGUAUAAUCGGCCGAGUCAAACUGACUGUUUAAGCCGAAUGCAUGAGUAAUGGCACAACACUAAAGAAAGAAUUAAAAAAAAAAAAAUUAUCAUCACACAAGUCAAG